GGCAUCAUGGCGGCAAAUGAAAGACCGAAAUGAAAGUAUACUUUUGAACACAAAUCGUUAAGCAGCUGUUUAAGACCUAUCCAAACAGAGAUGCACAAGCAGGAAUUGGUUUAUUUUAUUCAUUGUAACAAUGCUUCAUUUAGGUUUAUCUGUUACCGAGAAUAAUGGCCGCAAAUCCUCUGUUUAGUGGCAUAGGACAGCGUCGUUCUUUUUCCUAUCACCAAGCCCGAAUCCCGCUUGCGGCGAAAAGUAAUAACAGUGCUGUUCUAACCGCAAUGAGCGUUGGCAAGGGAGACGAUGAUCCGCCACCAGACAAGAGGAGAAAAGUCGCCGAUGGCACUUCAGGUAACCUAGAUCAGCUAUGGGGCGAGGAAGAGGACGACUUUUGUCUCACCCAGGAUCAACUAGAUGACUUGGAAUUGUUGGCCUCCCAACAACCGCCCACACAAGUUCAGAAACCAAGCCAUGACACACGUGCCACACAACCGUCAUCAGUCCCCCAAGCAAGUUACCAAAGUUCGUUACCAGCCCAGCCAACGGCUUCAUUACGACAAACUAAUGUUCGAGGUGGGAGUCAAAUAGGAAAGGGCAGUGUUGUCAGUAUGUCUGGACACAGCAGUAAACACAGUACACACUACCAUCCUGUGCAGUCAAAUAUAACAUUACCCAUUGAAGACCUCAGUCCUACACAGCCAUGGACUGCAGAUAGAUCAGGUAAAGAGAUGCCCACACUUGGUCCUUCCAGUGGGAAAACAUCUCCAUCUUUGCCUGGUCAUGAUGGAAAGAGGUUUGGUGAUGUACUGCAGAAGCAGAAUGCUUCCCUCAAAGAGGAAUUGGGAGCUCUUAAACUGGAGCUAAAUAAAGCAAAAGAAGAGCAGUAUGGAAAAGAUGGCCAAAUCCAGAUUCUCCGUAACAAUCUGAACCAAAAGGAAGCCGAGCUUUCAAAACUAAGACAAGAAAAGCUGCACCUAGUGGAAAAACACACACAGGAGAAGUCCGAAAAGGAGAGACUGUUACAGAAAGAUGUGGAAAAACUGUCCUCUCAACUUCAGUUCAAGGAGAGAGAGAUCCAGGAGGUCCAGACGGUGUGUAGAAACCUGGAGCAGAGACUGAAAGGUCUCCAGAAUACCGUAGAGAGUCCAAGACCAGUGGUGACAUCUAGCGUCAGUCCCGGCCCAAGUAAAAAACCUAAAACUGAAGACAGUCCCCCAGGGAGUGUGUUCCCCACCUCCCAAACCUUCCACUCCCCGCCUCCCAGCCAGAGACUGAAGGGUAAUAUUGGUGCUCCUGCUGUUCAGGCUGCUACUGGGACCAUGAAAGCAGAGGACAGGAGCACCAUGACGGGACCAGAGAGGUGUGGUAGAACACGCAGGAUGAAGCUGAAGGUAGAUGUAUCUAGAGGCUGCGCCUCUGGCUCCAUGGUGCUGUCAAAGUUGAUGGUUGGUGACAGCCAGUCCACAGAGAGCAUUGUGGGAUUGUUGAACAUCCCACCCGCUGCCACCGCUGUGAACACUAAACAAGACGGAGGGAGUCUGUGGUCACCAGUUCAAACAAAGAAGUCCUCCAAGGUCCCCUCCUGUCCUGAACCAGAGAGAGUGGUCAGCUCUGGACAUUACUCCCUGGCAGUUCAGGCCGUGAGAGAUUUACUCCAGUCCCACGUAGACCAGCCCCAGAUCAGCCACAGAGGGGGAGAGGCCCUGCUCCUUCCUAUAAUAGAAGACUACUUAAUGUGCUACAUCAACAUGAGGCAGGGUACCACUGUUGGAACCUCCAGUAGCUCCCACAGUUCAAGAUCUGGCAGUUUGGACAAUUUAUCUAUAGACUCUCUGAGCAGUUCUAUGAGGGGAUUCUCACUGGCUGGUGAAAGUUUGCCUGGGACUAUAAAAAGACUGGCUUUGAGUUCCUUGAGGAUACUUCACAAGCUGGUGUGUUACAGUGAGCGUGUGCGUCAGGAGUUGAUACAGACCAAAAAUGAGCCCAAGGGUGUGGAUGUGGUUGCCGCGCCUCUUAACACUGUGCUGGAGACUAUACCCAAAAAGGAGGCUAGUAAUGGAGGCAGCAGUACCAGUGGGAACAUCAGUACAGGACCUAGUAGUGGAAACAGAUCCAGCAGUACUCUGAGCUCCUCUCUCAGUCUCAAUGGUGGACAACAUGUUCACUUUUCAGACUCUCACCUGCUGGGCCGGGUGAUACAGUUAGCUAACCCAGCACAGGUCAGUAAUAGUCAAGUAAACGAGCCAAUAGUGGAGUCUUCCUUGAAUGUGUUAAUAGCUUUAUCUAGACACAGUGAACCAAGACAACUAAACAGACUGUUACCAGUUCUAUCAAAGGGAAUCUUAUUCAACUGUCUUAGUCCAGAUAACAAGCCUGGCCUUAAUGUGAUGUCCAGAGCCUUGGAACUUUUGAGACUUUUAGUGUCCUGUAGACAGUUUGUAACUGCUCACAGCCUGUAUAACCCAGAUAGCUGUGUGUUAGCUGCUGUGUAUAACCUGGGUGGACAACCUCUGGAAGACCUCACUGUGACAGAUAGAACUGCCUUGAGGACCAAGAUAAUAGAACUACUUUGUGCAAUAGCUUCAAGCCACCCAAAUGGUACUGGAUUACUUGUGGAAGCCAAGUGUCCCUGUAGUGUGGAGGUGGUCCGUACCGUGGUCCUUAUGAUGCACAGUGAGCUAGAGGUGUUCACCAACACUCAGAGAGGCCAAUCUGUCCCGUCCCUACUCCGCAGUGGAGUCUCCUUGCUGCAUGCAUUGGCCAGCUCUGAUAGGCUGUUUGAAGAGCACCGUAAGGAGGUUGGGCAUCAGUACUUAGAACUUCUGUCUUCCCUGUCUUUGAUUUUCAAAGAUCAUGUGGGAAUUCCAGAAACUGAAGUUAAUGCUUUGAAAGAUUUGUUACAUGAAGAGGAGAGUGAAGAGGACGACUGAAGGCAGUUUUGUGCAUGGCCUUGCAAUGUAGACAUUUCAACAUGUUUCGUAAAAUAGCCCCAGUUUCAAUAGGAGUAUCAGCUGAGAGAGCCUACAGUCUUGUGACAACCGUGAUUUAGCAGAAUAUAGACAUGGGUGAAAGUUUGCAGGAUUUUGUCUGAUUGUGGGAUUUUCCGUCCACCAUUUGAUUGUU